UAUGGGCGAACCCAAGAAAUCCAUGGCAGAGCGACGGGGUAUGCAACUGCCGGGCGGACUGCCCGGCGCAUCCAACAGCAGCCCGGCUCCUCCUGCUGGCAGGAGGAAGCCGGGCUUGACGCUCUCGCAAAUGAACGGCGGCGACAAGUCGCAGCCCGACGGAGAGCCCCGCAAGCAAGAGACGCAGUUUGACCAGUUCUCGCGCUUCAUUGACACCAAGACGGGCAGCCUCAAGUUUGCAGGCAAGGCCAUUCUCAACUCGGAUGGCGUGCAAUUCGCCAGCGGCUCCACCUUCAACAUCUCGCUCGACGAAGUCGACACGCUCGACGAGCUGGGCAAGGGAAACUACGGCACAGUGUACAAGGUCAGACAUAGCAGGCCCCGGAUGCGAAAGCCGGGGCAGGGCUUGGCAGGAAACAAGGCUGCGCCGGGCUCGCCGUCCCGCAAGACCUUUGACGAAGAAUCAAGCCCCUCGGGCGCAAAGCCCGCUACAGGCACUGGUGUCGUCAUGGCAAUGAAGGAAAUGAGGCUCGAAUUGGAUGACUCAAAAUUCGCUACCAUCAUCAUGGAGCUCGAUGUUCUCCACCGCUGUAGAUCACCGUACAUUGUCGAUUUCUACGGCGCCUUCUUCCAGGAAGGUGCCGUGUACAUUUGCAUGGAGUUCAUGGACGGAGGUUCCAUAGAUAAGCUGUACGCCGACGGUGUGCCCGAAGGCGUGCUGAGGAAGAUUACUUUGGCAACGACCAUGGGCCUGAAAUCACUAAAGGAUGAACACAACAUUAUCCACCGCGACGUCAAGCCCACCAACAUCCUCGUUAACACCAGGGGCGCAAUCAAAAUCUGUGACUUUGGUGUGAGCGGCAACCUCGUGGCUAGCAUUGCCAAGACCAACAUUGGAUGCCAAAGCUACAUGGCUCCAGAGAGGAUAUCCUCGGGUGGCAUUGCACAGGCUGGUGCCAAUCCUGGAGGCGGCACAUACAGCGUGCAGAGCGAUAUUUGGAGUCUGGGUUUGACCAUUAUCGAGUGCGCUCUAGGCCAGUACCCUUAUCCGCCAGAGACAUACAACAACAUCUUCAGUCAGCUCAGUGCCAUUGUUGACGGCGAGCCACCGGAUCUGCCUGAUGAAGGAUACUCUGAUGCGGCCAAGAACUUUGUACGGGGCUGUCUGAACAAAAUCCCCAACCUGCGACCAACAUAUGCAAUGCUGCUCCAACACGCAUGGCUUGCGCCUCUUAUCAAGCCCGACACCAUUGCAGAAGAGGAAGAGGAAGAGGUCCAGGCUGCACAAGAAGCGGGCGCUGACGAAGCUGCUGGCGACAAAGGGCCCGCCGAGGCGAUUGAGCCAGUCGAGGACCAAGAAGUUGCAGACUGGGUCAAGGCUGCCAUUGAAAAGAGAAGAAGCGGCAAGAUGAAGGGCGUCGAAAAGCCCGCACUGCAUGCCGCACCCCUUGAUGCAGGGGUACAGAGCCCUUCUCACAAUGGUACCAAUGGCCCAGGCCUGGCGGAAUCGACAGAAGUUGCAGCGUAGAUGGUGAGCCGUCGCGCAUGAAUACAUCGCCGGCGAAUUCCCUCCAACAACCAAGCCAGACCACCAAGAAUACCAAGGCCCUGUAUUUCUCACUGGGCCGCUGUUGGCUCCUAUGCCUUGGUCAAGAAAAGGAUGCCAUUACAAGAUGCGGUCCCGUAUGCUUUCGGCGUUGUAUCGGCGUAUGACUGGAAAUGAUUGACGUGAAGCAUGGAAGCCGGGGCAUUGAGCGUACAAAAGACGUGCAU